AGCGCGGCCGCCACGCCGGCUUAGAUCCGUAGCCCUCCAUAGCCCUCCAGAGCGCCGCUACCUCGCCUAGGCCGCUGCGCCUGCCCCGGCCGCCAUGGCUGGGGGCUGCGGAGCCUCUGGACGCGGCCGGGCUGAGCCGCAGGAAAGCUAUUCGCAGCGACAGGAUCACGAGCUGCAGGCCCUGGAGGCCAUUUAUGGCCCGGACUUCCAGGAUCUGCGUCCGGAUGCGCGCGGACCGGUAAAAGAGCCUCCUGAAAUCAAUUUAGUUCUGUACCCUCAGGGCCUAACUGGUGAAGAAGUGUACGUGAAGUUGGACCUGAGGGUCAAGUGCCCACCAACAUACCCAGAUGUAGUUCCGGAAAUAGAGUUAAAGAAUGCUAAAGGUCUGUCAAAUGAAAGUGUUAAUUUGUUAAAAUCACACCUUGAAGAACUGGCCAAAAAGCAGUGUGGGGAGGUGAUGAUAUUUGAGCUGGCACACCAUGUGCAGUCAUUUCUCAGUGAGCAUAACAAGCCCCCUCCAAAGUCUUUCCAUGAAGAAAUGCUGGAGAGGCAGGCUCAGGAGAAAGAGCAGAGGUUGCUAGAGGCCAGACGGAAGGAGGAACAGGAGCAACAGGAAAUUCUCCACGAGAUUCAGAGAAGGAAAGAGGAGAUCAAAGAGGAGAAGAAAAGGAAGGAAAUGGCUAAGCAGGAACGUUUAGAAAUGACGAGUUUGCCAAACCAGGAUCAUGCCUCUAAGAGAGACCCAACAGGACACAGGGCAGCUGCCGUUCUCCAUGGAGGCUCUCCUGACUUUGUAGGAAAUAGUAAACCCCGGGCGAACUCCUCAGUGAGGUCCAGGCGAGAACGUCAGUAUUCUGUCUGUAGUGGCGAAGCCUCUCCGGGCUCGUGUGAAAUCCUGUAUUUCUGUGUGGGUAGCCCUGAUCAGCUCAUGGUACACAAAGGGAAAUGUGUUGGCAGUGAUGAGCAAUUGGGGAAGGUGGUGUACAAUGCUUUGGAAACAGCCACGGGCAGCUUUGUCUUGUUGUAUGAGUGGGUCCUUCAGUGGCAGAAAAAGAUGGGCCCUUUCCUUACCAGUCAAGAAAACGAGAAGAUCGAUAAGUGCAGAAAGCAAAUUCAAGGAGCAGAGACAGAAUUCAGCUCCCUGGUGAAACUGAGCCAUCCAAACGUCGUACGAUACUUUGCAAUGAACUCCAGAGAGCAGGAGGACUCCAUCGUGGUAGACAUUUUGGCAGAGCACAUCAGUGGGAUAUCUCUUGCUGCACACCUGAGCCACUCGGGCCCAAUCCCUAUGCACCAGCUGCGCAAGUACACAGCUCAGCUCCUGGCAGGCCUGGAUUACCUGCACAGCAACUCCGUGGUGCACAAGUUUCUGAGCACGUCCAGUGUCUUGGUAGAUGCCGAGGGCACUGUAAAGAUAACAGACUACAGCAUCUCUAAGCGUCUGGCAGACAUUUGCAAAGAGGAUGUAUUUGAGCAAACUCGAGUUCGAUUUAGUGAUAGUGCCCUGCCUUACAAAACAGGGAAGAAAGGGGAUGUGUGGCGGCUUGGCCUUCUGCUGCUGUCUCUUAGCCAAGGACAGGAGUGUGCGGAGUACCCCGUGACCAUACCCAGUGACUUACCAGCUGACUUCCAAGACUUCCUGAAGAAGUGUGUUUGCCUGGACGACAAGGAAAGAUGGAGCCCUCAGCAGUUGCUGAAGCACAGCUUUAUAAACCCUCAGCCGAAAAUGCCCUUAGUGGAGCAGAGUCCUGAAGAUUCUGGGGGACAAGAUUACAUUGAGACUGUCAUCCCCAGCAACCAGUUGCCCAGCGCUGCAUUCUUCAGUGAGACACAGAGACAGUUUUCCCGAUACUUCAUCGAGUUUGAAGAAUUACAACUUCUAGGGAAAGGAGCUUUUGGAGCAGUUAUAAAGGUGCAAAACAAGCUGGAUGGCUGCUGUUAUGCGGUGAAGCGCAUCCCAAUCAACCCUGCCAGCAGGCACUUCCGCAGGAUCAAGGGUGAGGUGACGCUGCUGUCGCGCCUGCACCAUGAGAACAUUGUGCGCUACUACAACGCCUGGAUCGAGCGGCAUGAACGCCCUGCAAUGCCCGGGACACCACCCCCAGACUGCAGACCCCAGGCCCAGGACAGCCCAGCUGCCUGCGGAAAAACAGCAGGCGACACGGAGGAGCUGGGCAGUGUGGAGGCCGCAGCACCGCCACCCAUCCUCAGCAGCUCUGUGGAGUGGAGCACAUCUGCAGAGCGCUCCACCAGCGCGCGCUUCCCUGUCACCGGCCCGGGCUCCAGCAGCAGCGACGAGGAGGAUGAAGAUGAGCACGAUGGCGUCUUCUCACAGUCCUUCCUCCCUGCUUCAGACUCUGACAGUGACAUCAUCUUUGACAAUGAAGAUGAAAACAGUAAAAGUCAGAAUCAGGUUGAAGACCGCAAUGCAAAGGAUAGUUGCCAUGAAAUUGAGCCAUCGGUGACAACUGAGGCUGUGCACUACCUUUAUAUCCAGAUGGAGUACUGUGAAAAGAGCACUCUGCGGGACACCAUUGACCAGGGACUGUACCAAGACACCAUCAGGCUUUGGAGGCUUUUUCGAGAGAUUCUGGAUGGAUUAGCUUACAUCCAUGAGAAGGGAAUGAUUCAUCGGGAUCUGAAGCCUGUCAACAUUUUUUUGGAUUCUGAUGACCAUGUGAAAAUAGGUGAUUUUGGUUUGGCGACAGACCAUCUAGCCUUCACUGCUGAUGGUAAACAGGACGACCAGGCAGGCGAUCACAUGAUCAAGUCAGACCCUUCAGGCAAUUUAACUGGCAUGGUUGGCACUGCUCUCUAUGUAAGCCCUGAGGUCCAAGGAAGCACCAAGUCUGCAUACAACCAGAAAGUAGAUCUCUUCAGCCUGGGAAUUAUCUUCUUUGAGAUGUCCUAUCACCCCAUGGUGACAGCCUCGGAAAGAAUUUUCGUUCUCAACCAGCUUCGAGAUCCCACAUCGCCCAAGUUCCCGGAGGACUUUGAUGAUGGAGAGCAUACAAAGCAGAAAUCUGUCAUCUCCUGGCUGUUGAACCAUGAUCCAGCAAAACGGCCGACAGCCACAGAGCUGCUCAAGAGUGAGCUGCUGCCCCCGCCACAGAUGGAGGAGUCGGAGCUGCAUGAAGUGCUGCACCACACCCUGGCCAACAUAGACGGGAAGGCCUACCGCACCAUGAUGGGCCAAAUCUUCUCCCAGCACAUCUCGCCUGCCAUCGACUACACCUACGACAGUGACAUCCUGAAGGGCAACUUCUUGAUUCGUACAGCCAAGAUUCAGCAGCUUGUAUGUGAAACCAUCAUCCGCAUCUUCAAAAGGCAUGGAGCUGUCCAGCUGUCUACCCCGCUGCUGCUUCCCCGAAAUAAGCAAAUCUAUGAGCACAAUGAAGCCGCUGUGUUCAUGGACCACAGUGGCAUGCUGGUGAUGCUUCCUUUCGACCUGCGGGUCCCUUUUGCAAGAUACGUGGCAAGAAAUAACAUACUGAAUUUAAAACGAUACUGCAUAGAACGGGUGUUCAGACCUCGUAAGUUAGACCGGUUUCAUCCCAAAGAACUCCUGGAAUGUGCAUUUGAUAUCGUCACUUCUACCACCAACAGCUCUCUGCCCACUGCCGAAACUAUCUACACUAUCUGUGAAAUCAUCCAGGAGUUUCCCACACUUCAGGAAAGAAAUUACAGCAUUCACUUGAACCAUACAGUGUUACUGAAGGCAAUACUCCUACACUGUGGGAUUCCAGAAGAUAAACUCAGUCAGGUCUACGUUAUUCUGUAUGAUGCUGUGACUGAGAAGCUGACAAGGAGAGAGGUGGAAGCUAAAUUCUGUAACCUGUCAUUGUCCUCUAAUAGUCUGUGUCGACUCUACAAGUUCAUCGAGCAGAAGGGGGAUUUGCAAGACCUAACCCCAACAAUAAACUCACUAAUAAAACAGAAAACAGGUGUUGCCCAGUUGGUGAAAUAUAGCUUAAAAGACCUGGAGGAAGUUGUCGGGCUGCUGAAAAAGCUGGGUGUGAAGUUACAGGUCUCCAUCAACCUAGGCUUGGUUUACAAGGUGCAGCAGCACACUGGCAUCAUCUUCCAGUUCCUGGCAUUCAGCAGACGCAGGCAAAGGGCUGUGCCUGAGAUCCUUGCAGCUGGCGGCAGAUAUGACCUGCUGAUUCCCAAGUUCAGAGGCCCACAGGCUCUGGGGCCAGUCCCCGCUGCUGUUGGUGUCAGCAUAGCCAUAGACAAGAUAUUCGCUGCUGUCCUCAACAUGGAAGAGCCUGUUACAGUAAGUUCCUGUGACCUCCUGGUUGUCAGUGUCGGCCAGAUGUCCAUGUCCAGGGCCAUCAACCUAACCCAGAAACUCUGGACAGCGGGAAUCACUGCAGAGAUCAUGUACGACUGGUCACAGUCCCAAGAAGAAUUACAAGAGUACUGCAGACAUCAUGAAAUCACCUAUGUGGCCCUGGUCUCUGAUAAAGAAGGAAGCCAUGUUAAGGUCAAGUCCUUUGAGAAAGAGAGGCAAACAGAGAAGCGUGUAUUGGAGUCAGAUCUUGUGGAUCAUGUUAUGCAGAAACUGAGGACCAAAGUCAGUGAUGAAAGGAAUAUCAGAGAAGCUUCUGAUAAUCUUGCUGUACAAACUGUGAAGGGGUCGUUUUCUAAUGCUUCAGGUUUGUUUGAAAUCCAUGGAACAACAGUAGUCCCCACUGUGAGUAUCAUAUCUCCAGAAAAGCUGUCAGCCAGCACCAGGAGGCGACAUGAGACUCAGGUACAAACCCGACUUCAAACCGCCCUUGCCAAUUUACAUCAGAAAAGCAGUGAAAUUGAAAUUUUGGCUGUGGAUCUACCAAAAGAAACAAUCUUACAAUUUUUAUCGUUAGAGAACAAGAUUUUACCAAGUAGCCUGUCCUAGUUUGUUUUCUGUAGCUAUGUAAAACACCAACCAAAAGCAAUUGGGGAUGAAAAGGACAGGAACUGCAGGGCAAGAAGAAACCACGGAGGAAUGCAGGAGGACUGCUGCUAUCCCCUGGCUUGCUUGUUUAUGCUUGCUUGCAUAUAUAGCUCAGGCCCACCUGCCUAGGGUAGCACCACCCACAGUGGUCUAGGUCCUCCAGCAUGUAUUGCUCAUCAAGUAAAUGGCCCAGGGGCCAAUCUGCUGGAGCCAAUUCUAUUGAUGGUCCCUCUUUCUAGGUUAGUUUGUAUCAUUCACAAAAACCAGCAUAGCCCAAGCUGGCCUUGAAAUGUAGUAGUACUCCUGCCUCAGGCUCCCAUGAGUGAGAUUACAGGCCAUAGGUAGUUUUUAAAACAUUUCACAUCAAAAAACGUUGUCUAUCCAAAAAAUAAAAUAAACUGCACUAAGAAUUGGAAGCAGGAGGGUCCUCGGUUUAGGGACAGAGUACUACAGAAUAACUGCCUCAUCAUUCCCUGUUGAUCAUACAAACACACACACACCACUCUAUGGCAGUUCACUGACUUAUGAUCUAGUCCAGUGAGCAGACAUUAAAGUCAACAAUCUCCACCUUACACAAAGUGUUCAAGAAAAGCAACCUAAAGUCACAGUAGCUCACCAUGGCAAGGUUAAGAAGCCUCUACACCUAUAGUCUUCAAGAAAAUUGAUGCUUCAAAAGACGAACUCCUGUCUCCCCAUAACCCACUCGCCGGAUCCAGAAAAGGCCAGGCAACGUCCCUGAUGCUCUGCUGUCAUAUCUGUCUGGUCUUUCCUAGUGGGAUGCUGAUGAACAGGCAUUUAACACAACUGUGAAGCAGCUACUGUCACGCCUGCCAAAGCAAAGAUACCUCAAACUCGUCUGUGAUGAGAUUUAUAACAUCAAGGUUGAAAAGAAGUAAGUUGUUAAAAUUCAGAAUUGUGAUUAACAGCCAAUAAGUCCUACUCAGAUGGUGAAUCACGGUGAAGAUUUUGUCCAUAGCAAAACACUAUACGCCUGAGUGUAGCUCAGGCUACACAUAUGUCACAAUUAUGUUGUCCAUCCAACUCCAUUCAUUACUUCUAAAAGUAUGUUGGCCUUUUCAGGUUGGGGAAGAAUUGUGUGUGGCAUGUGAAGGCCUGAGGUUCCUCACCUUUUCCUUUUGACAGGGUCUCUCUGAACCUGAAGCUCAUCAGAUUAGCUAGAUGACUGGCAUCAAUGGGCUUUAGGGACACACCUAUCUCCCCCUGUCCAAAGCCAGAGUUGUAGGCAUCACCACUCUGCCCAGCUUUUUAAUAUUGGUUCUAGGGAUCCAAAUUCACUGCUUGCUUGGCAUGCACUUUACCAACUGAGCCAUCUCCCAAGCCCCAGAAAUGGUUUACAUUAAAGAAAUAACCAGGCAUGGUGGCACACACCUACAAUCCUAGCACUUGGGAAGUAAAGACAGAUCAGGAAUCCAAGGUCAUCCUUAGCCUUCAAGGCAAGUUUGAAGCCAGUCUGGGUUACAGAGACUCUGUCACAAAAAAGCAAAGAGACAUUAAAAAGAAAAGCAAAACAAAAAUGUGGCUGCCCUUGCUGUGUGUAUGUCAAAAUACCAGUUAUUCACAUUACCAUGUAACUUAAAGGCUGUCAAGGAAGCUAGGUGAAUGUCUGUCUUCCACAACAGCCCUUUAAUUGUAAACUGUGAGUCCCAGCUCCAGGAAAGCUUAUGCACUCUUUGUAGUAAUUGGUCUCUCAUCACAUUCAACUAGUAUUGUUUUACCCACUGAGUCUGCCUGUCCCUCUUCUUGCAGAGUGUCGGUGCUGUUCCUGUACAGCUACAGAGAUGACUACUACAGAAUCCUAUUUUGACCCUGAGGAACUGUUGCUGCAUUGUUCAAAUGGACAGAGGCUUAUACUGGAUAAUGGAAUGUUGUACAUUCAUUUUAACUUAAAUUCUAAUAAGCUGUCCUACAAAGUUGAGCUUUGUCGGUCUUUCAUGUAUGUUAUAAAUUUAUCUUUUUGGAUACAAUAAAUGCUUUCAUAUA